GAAUAGACUUUAAUGAGUUCAUAUUUAGACAUUAAUGACGUGUAUUUAGCAACAAGUAUAUGUACAUACUAUAAGUACACGUGGUAGUACCACGGUGGUACCAAAUUUAAAUAAAACGGGUGGAGGAUAAAAGGGAGGAGUUAGAUUUUAUAUGUACAUUACGUGGAACAGAAAUUAUUUUAGUACUUCUUCUUGGACCUCAAAGAGGUAGGAUGCUAUACGUUUCCGAUGGCACGUAGCCUGGUCAUUGUCAUAAAAGGUGGGAAGUGUGUUAGAUAGCCGCGGUCGCGGUAACCAGCGAUAAUAACUUAAUUUAUCCACUUCAAACGUGACCAAAAGACAUACCAGUGAACACAUAAUUAUGACAAGCAGUCCCAGUGGAAACAUGUUCAUCGUUUUAAUCCUCUGCACCGUGUUCUUACCUUCUGUUCUACAUGCCAAUUAUUUUGAAUCGAACAGUGAUAAAAACGACCAGUGUUUCUGCAAGUUGAAAGGUUCCAUAGAUGACUGCAGCUGCUCUGUGAAUACUGUGGAUUAUUUUAAUAAUCUGAAGAUCUAUCCUAGACUUCAGAGUCUUCUAGUCAGAGAUUAUUUUCGUUUUUAUAAAGUAAAUCUGAAACAGGAGUGUCCCUUUUGGGCAGAUGAUAGCAAAUGUGUUAUGCGAUAUUGUCAUGUACAACCCUGUCAAGAUGAAGACAUUCCAGAUGGACUAAAAGGAGACAUGCUAAAACAUGCACACUUCAAUGAAAGUCCUGUAGAUAAAUAUAAAUCCAAUGCUCAAUUUGACGAUUGCUUGCGCAGUGCUAAAGAUCAUAAUAAAGAACUAGGUUAUUUAAAUACAACCAUUAGUUCGGAAAAUUACAAAGAUUUUGAGUUGUGGAAGCAGUACGACGAUGCCCAAGAUAAUUUUUGUGUAAAAGAAUCUAGUCCUGGCGAAUAUGUGAAUCUUUUGCUUAAUCCUGAAAGAUAUACAGGCUAUAAAGGACCUAGUGCACAUAGAAUUUGGCGUAGUAUUUAUAUGGAAAAUUGCUUUAGACCAGAAAAUUCACCUCAUUUUUAUGUUCAAUCCUCGAAAAUAAAUGGAAUGUGCUUGGAGAAAAGAGUAUUUUAUCGCGUUAUAUCAGGUCUUCAUGCUAGUAUCAAUAUACAUUUAUCUGCAAAAUAUUUACUCUCGUCGAAAGAUACUCUAGUGAUAGUGCCCAGUGGUCAGUGGGGACACAAUUUAGAAGAAUUUCAAAGAAGAUUUUCACCAGAGACGACUGGAGGCGAAGGCCCAAAUUGGUUAAGAAAUUUAUAUUUCAUUUACCUAUUGGAGUUAAGAGCUCUGGCUAAAGCUGCACCAUACUUAGAACGGGAAGAAUACUAUACUGGCAACAAAGCACAAGAUAAAGAUACACGUUUGGCAAUAAAUGAUAUUUUAAGCGUCGUCAAAUCGUUUCCAGAACACUUCAACGAAAGCGUUAUGUUUGCCGGUGGAGCAGAGGCUCAGUUGUUGAAAGAACAAUUUAGGCAACAUUUCCGUAAUAUCUCCCGCAUUAUGGACUGCGUGGGAUGUGACAAGUGUAAACUUUGGGGCAAACUUCAAAUACAAGGGUUGGGUACAGCAUUGAAGAUUUUAUUCUCGGGUAAAUUUGAUAGAUGGGAACCAACAUUGUAUACCUUUAACAGAACACAAUUUUAUUUGGAAAGAAGCGAGAUCGUUGCUCUUAUAAAUGGUUUGGGAAGACUAUCGGAAAGUAUUUACGAGUUGGAUAGAUUUAGACAAAUGAUGAGAUAGCAGGAUUACAGUACUUAAUUAUGUAAUUAUUACGGGAAAAACAUCACACAAAUUAAGUAAUAUAAUUUAUACUUAUAUAAUAAGUUUAUCGAAUAAUUGAUUUGAAUUGGUUAGACGUUACUUGCUAAUAAUUUAUAUCCUUUAUUAAAAUAGGUAUAAAGUCGCAAUAAAGAUUAUAAUUUACGCUCAACGCGUAAAAAUCUUCUACUUCUUUAAAAUGGGAAAGGAUAUUAUACUUGAACUGUACUUAUCACGUGGAUAUAUUUAUAAGAUUUUGUCUUAUUAAAAUUUUAUUGCGAUUUUAACGAUAAUUUUGAUUCCAUCUGUGAUAAACAGUUUAUCUAUGGGAAAGGAAUUCUCAUACCAGUUUUGAAAGUAGCAUAUGUGCAAUUUGAAUUCAGAAGAUAAUGUCUGUUAGUGUUACUUACUGAAAUGUAUUAUACAAAUGGGCAUCUCUAACAUUUUUUGAAUUAACAUUCGUUUCGAUCGGAAUUUGUUGCAGAUGCAUCAUAGUUAUUCUCCUGAUAUAAUUUGAAACAAUGUUUAUCGGUAGCAUUACGAGAAUUUAUACUGCAACGCAUUCAUAAUUUUGAGCUGUGCAUUGUAAAAAUUGCCUACGGACGCGUCUAGUUUUGAUAAUAAUGAACACGGACGUACUUCUUUCCAAAAAAUCUUCUAUUCCAGGUUUCUAUAUUCUUGCUAAAAGGAUAGCAACACGAAGUAUUAUAUUAUUUUCUGAUAAAUUUACACGUAAAACAUAAAACUCUACUAUUUAUAUUAUGUUGUGUCAGUGGGACAAUAAUCUUGGUUUCGUAAAUUCACAGGUACAUCGACAUAUAAUUAUGUUAUCUGUCUUAUUUAAUCAAUUAUGGAAUACCUAUAAUUUUAAAAAGAUUUACAUACCGUUAUGUAAUUGCCAAGAGAGAUGGUUGAACAGAUAGAUUUUUGCCCAAGCAGCUGCAUGUACACGUUUUUUAAAUUUAUAUCAACUUACGCUGCUUAAUUUAUACUAACUUCUAAGUUCAGACGAGGGUCCAGUGUUUUGUAAACGUAGAGCGCUAUCAUGACGAAAUAAAUUGAUUGUAAAUAGCGACGUAUAAGCUAUUUGACACCAUUUAUCUUGCAUGGUCGGAAAUCGACAUUAUUUUCCCACCAACUCAAUAUUUCUAUAUUUUAUACAUUUUAAACUAUUUCAUACCAUUGUAUAUGUACAAGAAAAUAUUUACUCGCUUAAUACCACUCGUAGGUUGCCGACCGAUUUAAUCGACUAAAUAAUGUAAUAAAGAAUAACAGGUACAGAGCGAUAUUCAACUUCGAUGACAUACAUAAUAUUUUCAUGAUAGAGUUUCGACUUUACCAUAAGUUUGUAACGUAAACGGCCGCAAACUUACGAGUGAUAGUAUGCAUCAAUUUAUUACAGAGAUAUCAAAUUGUACUAAAAAAUUAUUAGAUAUCUAUGUUCAUUUCAAUUUUCCAGUGAAAUGUGUAAAUGAAUAGUAUUUGACAUGAGUAUCUCGAAUGAAAUAAAAACAUAUGUAUUAAUCAAA